AUGCCUAAGAUUCUAGUGGCUGCUGCAGCAGAGCAGCGUCAACUCGAAAGCAUCAAUUUUCGUGCUGGUAAGCUCGAUUUUGAUGGCGUGGAUCCCGAACUCGGUAUGCAUCUAUUGAAUCUUCAUUGGAACCGACAACAUCAUUCGUUCCUUAUCACAUACCGACCAGCUUUCAUGAGAGAUAUGGCCUGUAAGGGACCAUACUUCUCAAAAAUCUUGCUCAAUGCAAUAUUCUAUGGAGCCUCUAAAUUCAGCCCAAGAUUGGACCUACGUAAGGAUCCGAACGAUGUCAGAACAGCCGGCUGGCAAUUUCGUAACCGUGUGCGCGAUCUUCUUGGACAGGCACUUGAUCAUAGCGAGAUUACCACAAUCCAGGCAUUACUACAGAUGAGUAAUUCACUGUUCGCUCUGGGCGACGAACAGAGCGCUGCUUGGGUCUAUGCUGGAACCGCUUUUCGAAUGCUCGUCGAUGUUGGACUACAUGUAGAUACCGCAAAGAUGCCAACCAUGCAACGGCUCUCCGAAGAAGAUCUCGAAAUCCGACGACGAGUCUACUGGUCCGCCUAUGUCGUCGAUAAGAUGCAGUCUCUUUACCAAGGCCGUCCGGCCACCCUCAGAGCUAUCGAUGGUCGAGUGCCUAUCAAGUUCUUGGAUACCUAUGAGGAGCUAGAACAAUGGCAUCCUUUCGCAUACGCUAGUGGACCUAGUUACCCUGGAUCCCCGAGCUAUAGCGUGUCAACUUUUGAACAGCUUUGUAGGCUUUGUAUGAUCCUCCAACAGAUUCUUGACAGAACAUACUGCGAGAGAGAGCAGAAACGAAAUACAGAAGAACUGGUCCAGGAUCUUCAAUAUGUUGAGAAGCAGCUACAGGAGUGGAUGGCAGGGCUGCCUGAGCACCUAAGAAUCGACACAACUGGUGACGUGGAAGCUCAACAACUGCCCCCACCACAUGUCUUCUCACUCCAGUGUAUGUGGAACGUUCUUAGGGUACUUCUCCACCGUCCACUUGUAGCUGAUGGUCAUCUGCACUCGACUCUGCCAUCAACGUCCAAGUCUUCAUUGGCAACGUGUACAGAAGCAGCGAUCAACAUCGUGAGAUUGGUUCGGCUCUACGAUAAACGCUUCUCUGUGAAACGAGCGCCAUAUUUGAUAUCGUAUGCCACUUACGUUGCUGCCACUAUACACGUUCGUAUUGCAGCUACUAGGGCCUCUACUUCUGAGGCUCAUGAGCAUCUCCGCACGUGCCUCGCAGUUUUUGAUCAGAACUCUGCCACCAAUCACGCUGUUAAGAAGGCAUCUAUCGUAAUUGAGAGCCUAAAGAAGCGCAUGGGGAUGCAGUCAGAUGCUCCUCCAGGGGCUACUUCGAGCACUGAUAGUAGUACCAGGGACCCACUUACCGACCAUCAACUAUCUGGAGUGACGCCAAGAUCACAAUCCAACACAUUCGCUUCUAGCAAUGCCUCUAGUGUGGCCCAACCGCACUUGCCGAUGAUCAAUCACGAACCAACAAUGGUUGCUGGUCAAUUCGAUCCGGACCUCGACGUCGAUACCAUCAUACACAGCUUCAUGCACGAGCAACAGCAACUUUAUGGCCAGCCUGCGAACCUCUCGAUGCCAUUAGACCACGGAACAACUAAUUUAUAUGGUGAAAACGGCGCCAUGCUGCAUGCCACUCAGCCACAUGUGUAUAACGACGAUGCAUUGUUUGGGUUCAACGCUUCGGCCUUUGAUUGGUUUUAUCCUACCUGA